AUGAGUCGGAGCAGCUCCAGCUCCUACAAGAUCGGCGUUAUCAUCCUGCUUGCAGUUCCGCUUUCUAUACAUACGCUAUCGUUAUUCCUUGGGAUAGGAGCAGACCAGAUCAGCAAUCGAUUGGAUUUAUUCCGAUCGGUUUUAAGCAUUCCCAAUAACCGAGAUCAGCCUGUUAGGAUUCUAUAUCUAUCAUUUCGGGAUUUUUUGGUCCAGCCUAGGAACAAUUAUUAUGUGGACGAGCCAAGAAAGCAUAAAGAUAUUGCUAGGUCCUGUCUUGCAACCAUGCGAUCUCACCUACGAAGAGAUAUCUGCAAUCUAGCAAGCCCUGGAACUCAUAGGGCAGACAUCGACCCUCGACAUAUCUGCCAGUACCUCCUACCAGAAUUACAAUACUCUUGUCGCUACUAG